AUGAUCUCCACGUCCCGGGUGUCCCGCUUCAGAACGUUGCCUAGCCUUGCAAUCGCCCCAGUUUGCCUCUGCAGGACCUGAUGGUGAAACGGGCAGAGAAUGUUCUAGAAGGGAUGAGGAGAAUGUUCUAGAAGAUGGAUUUGAGGGGGUUGAAGUGGGGGCCCGGAUGGUCAACCUCUUGCAGGUCAGCGAGGCUCUGUUCCUCGAUCUUCAUGGAGUUGGGAAGGCAGAUGGAGCCACCGAUGAUGCCGGCGUUGGCAUGGGUGCGCGAGAUGGAUAAGAGGCCUUGCACUCUCCUAGGCAGCUCCGCUCCGGGCCUUUUGAGCUGGAAAUUCCACUCCCAUUAAUAUCUCGAGGAUGGUCAGCUGUCGGGUAUGAGGAGAGAGAGAGAGAAAGACAAAGAAAGAGAGAGAGAGAGAGAGAGAGAGAGAGGGAGAGGGAGGGAGGGGGAGAGAGAGAGAGAGAGGGGGGGGAGAUGGAGAGAGGCAGAGAGAGGAGAGGAGAGGGAGAGAGAGAGAGAGAGAAGAGAGGAGGAGAGGAAGAGAAGAGGUAGAGAGAGAGAGGGGGAGAGGAGAGAGAGAUGGAGAGGGAGGGUUUAAGAGGAGGAGAGGAGAGGAGAGAGGCAGAGAGCAGAGAGGGAGAGUAAAGAGGAGAGGGAGAGGGGAGAGGGAGAGAGAUGUAGAGGGGAGGGAGAGGGCGAGGAGAGGGAGGAGGGAGGGAGGAGGGAAGGGAGAGGGAGAGGGGAGAGGGAGAGAGAUGUAGAGAGAGAGAGGGAGGGAGAGGGUGAGAGAGGGAGAGAGAGAGGUAGAGAGAGAGAGAGAGAGAGAGGAGGGAGGAGAGAGGAGAGGAGAGAGAGAGAGGAGGGAGGAGGGAGGGAGAGGAGAGAGAAAGAGAGAGAGGGAGGGGAGAGAGGUAGAGAGAGAAAGAGAGGGGAAGGAGAGAGGAGAGGGUAG